CGGACUCACGAGGAAGGAUGACUAGAGCAUGGCUCGAACGAGCCACAGUUUGCCGGCAGCACGAUUCUCUCGAGAGACUUUGGGACUCGUGACCCCAAGUCGUCGGGAUUGCCAAAAGACCAUUGCUCUUCUUCUCCUUCCAUUCCUCGCCUCCGCCUUUGUGUCCCCGUGGAGAGCGGGUCAUCUCAAUGCGGUCGGAAAAGCCGACACCGGAAUUGGGGAUUCUUGGGAGGAGGAGCUGGAGCUGAAUUUCAUCUCGGAUCGAUCGUUGCAGUGGAGUGAGACGAGAGUCCAUCUCUCCGGGGGUUUGGGAUUCUUCACGGAGAGGGGCGUCUUGAAUUGUUCAUCAAGGCUGGGUGCAAGGAAGCAUGGGUAGCUGUAGGACGGGAAGAAGGAGGAGGAGGAGGAGGUCGCCAUGAAGGAGCAACAUUGUUGGCCGCGCUCCCGUAGGAGAAGGUAGGGAUUGAUUGUGGAAAUCCGAUCGAUUGCAGAAUGCCCAUAUACGCCCACUUCGACAGCGAUUCGGAGUCGGGGGCGGGGUUGGAUUUGGAACUCGGAGUGCAGAGGAGGCCGAGGAGAAGAAAAUCAUUCUCGUUUAGCAGCUGGGCGCGAAAGAUGUUUCAGUCCGUGUCUCGCCAGCUCCAAAUGCACUACAAGCUGCGACCUUUCUUCAUACUCUGUUUAUCAUUGGCGUUCGUCUGUGGGUUGUUGUUUCUCGUCGUAUUCUAUGACAACUUCGACGGGUAUCAUUUCUCCAGAGAUUACGAGUUAGAGCCUCGGAACGACGGUACUCUUGCCUUUAGAAAUCUUCGCAAUCUGGUCAUGGUAGCCGGGCAUGCCGUGUACACCAGUUCCAGUUGUUCGAAAGCAGAGGGCGAGGAUUCUUGGUUCCUCGAAUCUUACCAAAAGCAUCCUGGCCAGGCUUCCACUUUUGUCGAGCACAUCAAAACCGGUGUGGAGGUUGCUGCCCAGGAUGAGCAUUCUCUGCUCUUGUUUAGUGGGGGAGAAACACGCAAGGAGGCCGGCCCUAGAAGCGAAGCCCAGAGUUACUGGCUUGUUGCCGAGAGCAAGGAUUGGUUUGGUAAGAGAGAAGAUGUCCGUGACAGAUCCUUGACAGAGGAGCACGCCAGAGACAGCUUUGAAAAUCUGCUGUUUAGUGUCUGCAGAUUCAGGGAGAUCACUGGCACAUAUCCAAUCAAUAUCACGGUGGUUAGUUAUGAUUUCAAAGAAUACAGAUUUGCCAACCUUCAUAGAUCUGCUCUACAGUUUCCUGCUUCGCGUUUCUUUUUCAAGGGAACACCGUCUGCUCCUUCUUCUAUUCUUGCAGCGCAGCAAGGUGAGUUGCGAGUGCAGGGAAACUUCGAGAGAGAUCCAUAUGGAUGUGAGGGGUCUUUACGCAUGAAGCGCUUGACUCGAGACCCUUUCCUACGGACUGUCCCAUAUCCUGCUGGUUGCCCAGAGUUGAAAGGUUUGUUUUCCUAUUGUGGAACCCAACCCUACUCCCGAAGAUUGCCUUGGCAUAAUUAGCUACAGUUAGUUCUGUAUCCUCACACUCUGACUACCAUGAACAGAGAAUUAGAUCAUUUUUAUCAUGUGCAGAUAUAAGCACAAGCUCCAUGUUUAGGAAAUAGACUGGGAUAUACUCUGUAGUGAUCGAUCAACCCCAGAAUCUCACCAUUCUUUCCGGAUGAAGUCUUGCAUAAUUGUCACAUCGAUCGCCAGCUUAGCCAAGCCAAGCUGAUAAGGCAUGCUUGUAGCACAGUGUAGCUCUUGCUCAACUUGCAAUGAGCCUCCACUGCAAGUUGAGCAAGAUUGAUGUAAGACAUUUUUAUGAGGAGUGAGAAAUCCUCGACUAGUUUCUCGAAGCUUCAUAUGUUCUCUCGUAGGAGCGCACCGGCAGUUGGUGAAAGCUGGUCGCAACUAACACUGGAGGAUGUUAGUAUUUGCUUCCUAUGCAUAUGCACUUUCUUCUGCUGGCAAAUUGAAGACAAGUAAGAAUGACCAACAGGAAAAGUCUGAUAUACCUUGUGGGAUGCGGAUUUGAAAAUUUUGCCG